CGCUCAUAGUCAUCCUCAGCCGAGCUUACUGCGUCAUUCCAACGAUAUUGACCACGCCGAAAGAGUGCAAGAUUGGCUUUCCCGUAAGCCUGCCCUAUCACCAAGCCUGUUGUCUGCUGAGCACUCCUAAUGCUGCCUUUAGAGGCUGCUUCGACACCAAGGUGGCCUGAAGUGCAAUACAUGGCCAAGAGAAAGUCAAAGGCAAGGCAGAGGAGGGAAAGGAGGAGAGCAGCAAAGGCUCAGCAGGCGUCAGAAAGAGCAGCCACGGCGUCAACGGCUAAUCCUUCGACAGUGGAAUUUUCGUCCACUUCCCCAACGGCAGAAACAGAGCAAGCCAAACAAGAGGAGCCAACAACCAAGGCACCGGACGCAAGUACCGAGGAGGGACCGACAACCGUUGAGCAGCUAGCGGAACAGCUUGCCAACUUAGCCAGCCUGAUCGAUUCCGUGAACAAUGCCCCCGUCGAAACCUACCCUCUUUUCAUUUACCAUGAGCCUUACUGGUUGGGACGAGGCAGUACCACUCGCGCCGUCCCAGGCCUUAAUCGUGCUCUCGCAGUGGGCGUGAUGGAUUCUGAGCGCAUGGGCGCUGUCCUCUCGAAGAUUAAGCCAUCGGAGAUGAUGGGCCUGCGAGACGUUUACCGGUCACUCUUCGAUAGGGAAUUGAUGGACGAUGUGAGAGAGAAUACGGUUGGGCUGGUGGUCAGGCAGGAUCCUCAGGAGGAAAUCCGAGCUAUUGACUUUGACUGCACGGGGGCACGUUAUGAUCUUCCGUCGGGUAGAGCAGUGACCAUUCUGAAAGCUGUGACCGCGCCUACCCAGGAGCAGUUGGACACAUUGUUGCCAUCGGCGGCAGCCACUGGGAGCGAUAGGUCGAGCGGGAUGACUGGCAAUGAUGAAUUCGCCGGAAGAGCGUUUCACUGAUCUGCUGAGUAGGUAGGAUGGUGGAUUUAUACAGUUGCAUAGUAUCUGGAAGCCAGCUUAGAGUAACUCUGCUUAGCUUAGUUUUGGCUAUUC